AUGUCUUCCGACAGCAAUAUCGCUGAAGACCCAGUCACGCCAGCACCAGUUUUCGCAUUUCGUGCACUCAAAGGUGUUCUCUUUGGCUCUCCAGAAACUCCGUUUGACCGCGAAGAAUCAAACAAGGAGAACGCCUCUGUUUUCGACUCUGAAGCUCACAAGAAGACCACCACUGCGAAAUCAUCAACAAAAGGUGACAAGCCAGGUAAACCUAACAACAAACGAACACCAACCAAGAAACAAAAGACCAACCACUUAGGACGAUCCCCCAACGAAUCGGGUAACAUGACGAGAAAGUCUAUGGCCGCUAAGGUUCCUUUCCGCCCAAUCUUUCCCCUAAGUCAAGCAGAGCAAGCUCUCAUCUCACCCACCAAAUCGAUCUUACGAAUUCCAGGUCAAGCUACUCCACGCGCACAGUCGUUGAGAGACGUCAAUGUUACCUUCAAAAGUCUCAGCCCUGACGAAAGCAUUGCCUCCCGUGACAUCAAGUCUUCUGGAAAGUUGCCUCCACCAGGAACUGUCACAUAUCGACCAGAAUCUUCCGCUACGACCGGAGUCAUGAACAAUGGACAACACAUAACCAAUGGCUUGACAUUCAACGACAUUCCCGCUGCUACUGGCACACUCGACCCCGCUCAAUCCACGGUUCCAGUUGCUGCUACGAACAAUGAUCAAGCAGCGAGGACUGUCCUGACCGCCAACGCAACUUCUGCCGCCACCAGCUCAGCUAGCGGCAUUUCUGCAGCCGCUUUCCAGGCUUACCAGAAGCAGACUGAGAAGGAGAUGCGACGAUUGAUCAAAUAUGGCCAGCAAAUGAAGGAGUUUGCCUAUCAAGCCGACAUGAAGAACCAGCAAUUGAAUGAGAUCGUUGCGCGCUUGCAGACCGAGAACGAAAACCUACGCAAGGAGAGAGCUGAGCUGCAUGAGCAAAUGAAUGGAUCCGCUAGAUUUGCUCCUAGGCCUGAUACUCGUGGUAAUCACGACGCCAACGCACCCAUCCAGUCAUCCGCACCUCCUCACGUUCAACCCACUCCAGUCUACCACCCCGAUGUGCAAGCCAUCAUCGACAAGAAUCAACACCGCGAUCGCGUCCCACUCGUCGCACCUCCUCUCCCACCAUCAGCAAAGCCCGACUCACCCCUCGCACGCUACUAUAGAGGCUUGGACAACUUUGUCUCCCUCGACCCGAGCCGUGGCGGUGUUCCUCCCCUGGCCUCAGGCCAACAGAUCACGGAUGCAUUCAUGGCGCGUGAGAGGGAGGUGGAUUGGGACGGUGUAAUGAAACAAGGUGAAGAGAUUGCGAACUCGGCUGAGGAUUCCGACUUCAAGAAGGCAAUCACCCAUCCAAAGGUCUACGCGGCCAACAAGCUGCGCACUGCCAUGGAGGCCAGCUCUGCGGGCUUGCCUGCAGAGCGGUCGGCCGCGGCGCGUGAGCGAUUGGCCAAGAAGAGUGAGGCGAGAAAGGCUAGUCGUGAGGUGUAG